AUGACUCUGGCUGCAUACAAGGAGAAGAUGAAGGAGCUGCCUCUCGUCUCCCUCUUUUGCUCCUGUUUCCUCUCGGACCCCCUGAACAAGCCAGCGUACACAUAUGAAGCAGACACGGUAGACCUGACCUGGUGUGUCAUCUCUGACAUGGAAGUCAUCGAGCUCAACAAGCGUGCCUCAGGGCAGUCAUUCGAGGUCAUCCUCAAGCCCCCAUCGUUCGAUGGCAUCCCCGAGUUCAACGCCUCCCUGCCCCGGCGGCGGGACCCGUCCCUGGAGGAGAUACAGAAGAAGCUGGAGGCAGCAGAGGAGAGGAGGAAGUACCAAGAGGCUGAGCUGCUGAAGCACCUGGCAGAGAAGCGGGAACAUGAGCGGGAGGUCAUCCAGAAGGCCAUCGAGGAGAACAACAACUUCAUUAAAAUGGCCAAAGAGAAGCUGGCACAGAAGAUGGAGUCCAACAAGGAGAACCGCGAGGCCCACUUAGCAGCCAUGCUGGAGCGCUUGCAGGAGAAGCAGGUCUGUUCCCAACCUCAGCAUGGAAGGUCCCACCCUCACCACCUCCAGCUCCCUCCAAAACAUCCCUUCUGCAAGGAGCUCGCCCAGUGCCCUUCACCAAACGCCUCAGCUAGCCUUGGGUCAGAGGCAGAGAGCACCAGAUAA